CUCUUUCCUAGGGGAUAGGAAAUUACAGAUUUGGUGGAAUGUGCCAUUAAAUUAACACCAACCAUCAGCAUACCUUUAUCAAGAAAAGGUGGUUUAAUAUGUUGUUUGACAAGGAGAACAAUGAGAGAACAAGCCCUGCAACCAUUUACACUAGUCUGGCGUCAAGCAGAAAGAGACAGCUCAUAGCUGUAUCUAAGGCAACCAGUAAACGACAGAUUCUUACAAGAAGGAGCCAAGUGUUGUGAUUCCAAUAUAACGAGAGUGCACAACCAGCCCAGGCUAUUCUAAAGCAACAGCAGAUUACACAUAUACUUCAUUUUUACAUUUUUGGAGAUUGGCGGUGUGGGCAAACAUGCCCAAAGGACAUUUACAUAAUCCUUCCACUGAGAAGGAUGGAGUAUGGUUCCCGCAUAUUGGCACUAGUACUACAUUGCCCAUGACAAGCACUCAGGAAAUGUUUUACCGCUCUGCCUAUAGAGAAAAUCGAACACUGCCUUUUAUUCAACCACCAAAGUGUAAGAUUGAAGUACAAAGAGCCUAUCCAUUUUCAUCCCAUGACAACAGACACUCACUACAGAGCUCUGCAGAAUAUUUUGAUUAUGGAUUCGGCCGUAAAAAAAUUUCAAGCACAAAGGAUCAGCACUCUUCCCGUGACUUCAACCUUUAUUGCCAUGACCCACCACCAAAAGCCACCAACCUCUGGAAAGGUUUCACAGUUUAUCAGAUGUCCUACCGGGGUCAACAAGGCCCCCAGCAGACAUUUCUGAGAAGAUAUCCCAAAAGCUACUUAGAAUACUGAAAACACCUGUCCCCAAGAACAACUCUUGAGCGGAUUAUUGUGCUACUCCCCACUAGAACUGCCAAUUCCAGGAAGUUCCUGCUCUUAGGCAAAAUGAAUGCAUAAUUCCGAUAGAGGAAAGGAUUUCUGAUUGUGAAUACAAUUUAAGCAGUAAAAAUGGUGUCCUUAGCAUAUUUUGUAUGCAGAACACUGUAGUUGUAUGCUGAAACAUUAAAAGACAUGUAAACCCCCCACAAAAAAAUGUAAUCAGUGAACAGCCUCUAUAAAAUCUUUAAAUACCUGCAGCAUCCGCUUAAUCACUAAGGAUAACUUUUCCUUCUCUAACCUACUCGCCCCCCUCCUUUAGGAAUUUGCUUUGGCAUGCUCAGUUCUUCUCAACUCAGUUUACUUUAGUCUAGCCACCAGCUAAGAGAUCACAUUGCUGGUUCCCAUAGAACAGGGGUUCCCAACCUUUCUUACCCCUGAGCAACAUUUUAUUAUAAAAAAAAGACGGGGAGCAACACAAGGAUAAAAAAGUCCCUAGGGGGUGCCCAGUAAGGGCUAUGAUUAUUUUAUGGCUUGGUAGCCCUAUGUGGACUGGCAGACUACCAGUCUUGAUUGUACACAUGGUUUUAUGCCUCCAAAUCAGAAAUUCAAAAAUAAGCACCUGCUUUGAGGCCACUGGAAGCAACAUGUUGACCCCAAGCCGCUUGUUGGGGAUCACUGCCAUAGAAACUCUGCUCUAGCUGUCUGGUAUUUUUCUCCUUAACUCCUCUCCUGAGCUCAGCAUAAACAUUAUAGUGCUCCGUCCAAAUAGGACUUUUUAUCAAAGUAAGUUCUGCCUAUGUAAGCCUGCAUUCUUUAUUGUACAAACCGCACAUAUGUGCUGUUUACAGAUAUGUCACUCAUGAUAUGUCAGAGAGAGCAAAUGUCCUAAAGCUACAAUUUGCUUUAGGAAAAUGUGAUGGCACUAGUUAACGGAGGGGAUUUAUGCGGUGCAAAUGAUGACGUCUGUGUGGGAGAGAUUUGCCCAAUUUAUAUACAUAGUAGGAAAAUGUAGGGUUUACAUGUACAGUAUAUCCAAUCUAUAGCAGUGAUUGUUAAAAUAAAAUUUUAAGCACC